AUGCGUAAUACACUGGCCCUCGCUGUUGUCCUUGCUGGCACAGUCGCCCAGGCUGCGUCAACACUCUUCUGGGGCGGCACCAUUAUUGCAUUUGACAGUGAAAAUGAAUCCCUAAGGGUCAUCAGAAACGGCUCGCUUCUCGUGGUGGAUGACCGCAUUGCCGCCGUUCACGACGAUUCACAAAGUCCCUACAACAGUGUGCCAGCAGACACAGUCAAGAUAGAUGUCACAGGGCAGAUCAUCACCCCGGGCUUCAUUGAUACCCAUCGCCAUAGCUGGCAGACGGCAUACAAGACGAUUGGGUCCAACACGACGCUUCUUGAAUACUUCUCUCGGUACGGCGAGUAUGCCGCGGCAUCUAGUUACCGGCCCGAAGACGUCUACUUGGGCCAGUUGAUGGGGCUCUAUGAAGCCUUGGACGGCGGCGUGACAACCCUCCUUGAUCAUGCUCACCACACAUGGUCGAAUGCGACCGCCUAUGCUGGUCUAAACGCAACCGUGGAGAGCGGAGCGCGUGUCUUCUGGUCUUACGCGUUUCAUAACAUCUCGAGCCUCAACUAUACCAUCUCACAGCAGAUACCCAACUUUCGCGAGAUUGCAGAGAGCGGCAUCUUUGACAAUACAACGACAGAACUCGGCAUUGCGUUCGAUUCGUGGGGCCCCAACCCGGACGUCGCCGAGGCUCAGCAGAUUGUUCAUCUUGCUCACCAGUAUAACGUCUCGGUGGUCACAACUCACUGUCUCAGCGGCCCUUGGGGAUUUAACAACCUGCCCGAAGACGUUCAGCGGUUCGACAUGCUCAACGGCACGAUCCCCGUCGUCUUCUCGCACGCCAGUUUUAUCACGGCACAGGGUGCAGAGCUUCUACGUUCUACAAACCAGUACAUCUCCAUCACGCCCGAGUCCGAGAUGCACUAUGGCCAUACCCACCCGCAUUCCUACAUGCUUCAAGACCAGGCAGCUCUUGGUGUCGACACGCACUUUACAUACUCUGGCGAUAUUCUCACCCAGGCCCGUCUGUGGCUGCAAUCGGUGAGAUACUACUUUUCAUCGGGUGUCUUGAAGGACUGGGGCUUGCCGUCUCGGAACCCUAUGAGCGCCGACCAGGCAUUCAAGCUGGCCACGCGCGCGGGAGGCCUUGCGCUGCGAAGACCCGACUUGGGCGUCAUCCAAGUCGGCGCCAAGGCAGAUCUCGUGGUUUGGAACGCGCGCAAGUCGCUGUCCAUGGUGGGAUGGGCAGACCCCGUCGCCGCCGUCAUUCUUCACGCGAAUGCAGGUGACGUCUUGGAUGUUAUGGUGGAUGGAAAUUUUGUCAAGAGAGAGGGAGAAAUCCUGGCCGAGAAUUUUCCCGACACGCGCGCCAGAUUCUUAUCCAGCGCUCGCAGGAUACAGCAGAUAUGGCGGGAGACGCCGUAUCCCCAUUUCGAAGGCAAAUCCGCAAAUGGAUUUCCCUACAAGGAACCCAUUAUCGCGGACACGAGCCGAGGGGACGGGGACGGAUACGGAGAUUUAUAUGUGAAUUAG